GGAGGCAAGCUCCCUGGCAUCAAGCGUCAUCAGAGUGAUCCAUCGCUCCGAGCGACAGGGACAUGGCGAGGGGGCGGUGCCGUUGACAGCCAUUGUCACCAGGGAGAUCCUCCAGGAGGCGUCGGAGCGGCUGUCAGCCCCCCUGGCCGGACUCCUCCGAGGAGCCCUUCUUGUACAGUCUGUGAAGAGCCCCACCAAAGACCACUGUCUCCCACCAGACUACGAGGAUCUUCUCAGGGAGCUGGGACACAGGUGCCUUGACCAGGGUCACGCAGACGACGUCACCGGGGACCAGCAUCCUCUGGUUAUGGACAUCCAAGGUGUAAACAUGGAUGAAAUCCUCCAGAAGGAUAUGAAGGAGAUUUCAGACGGAGACAUCAAACUGUCUGUCAGUGUUGUGUCCAUCGAUCUGGAGGACUACAGUACACGUCCAGGUCUCAUCUGGGAUCUGAAGUCUUUUUGCGAUCGCCAUGGUUAUGAAGGGCUUGUUGUGGUGUCCUCUUUCCUGAACGAUGUGCACCGCCAAUGUGAACAGGUGGCAGUGUACUCUGCAAACAAGGAUAUUCUAAACCAGAUUUGCUGUGAAUUGGAGGAGGGCCAUAACUCCAGCCUUGACGCGGAGCCCCUGGACUCCACAUUAACUGUGUUCCAGCUGUAUAAGUUCAGAAACACACCAGUCUACACUGAACAGAUCAUCAAGCUGGUCAAAGAGUUUUUGGACCGGAGGGAGCGUCUGUUUGCCCCCAACAGCAGGACAUCAUCUACAGAAGGUGUAGCUGGCAGUGCCCCACUCUCCCAGGGCUCUUCCGGGAUAACGGACAUGUACAGCUCCGAUGCUGAGCCCCCCACCACUGUACCUAUUCACUCCCUUGAGAACCCCCCUGAACCUUGUGAGUCCCAGCAAGCCUUUGGAGAAGUUGGUGUGGAGCUGCUAAGCCCUGACAGUGGCCUAGCCACUGUUCGCAGCAGCCGUUCUUCCAAAGAGAGCUCCGUGUUCCUCAGUGAUGACAGCCCCACAGCUGAGAUGGCAGGAUUCUUCCAAAACCCUACUCUCUGCUUCCCCUCACUGUCCACUGCUGCUGCUGGUGUGGGACAAAGCCCACUGGAGCAAAGGGUGCCUAUCAGGAACAAAAGCGAUAAUUUUGACCUUUUCAGUUUUGACCCCCUUAAUAGCAGUAGUAUAUCCCCCCCAGAUGACAGUGGCAAAAUAAAUGUUAAUAGGGAUGAGUGUACCAGUUCUAGCUUGUCAGAAUUUGGAGAUUUAAGUCUUGUGGACUUUUAUACAUCUGAUGGGCAGAGUGUAAGUGAGGGGAGCUGUUUGUCAGGAGAUCAGUUUCUGUUGUUUAGUGCCAACCGCUCUGUAAGUGAUGGCACAGACACCAGGAUCCCACCUACACCAAUGAACAGUCUUGUUGAGACUUCGCCCAUUGCCCAGGGACUUCCAAAGUUCUUCCCUGAAGAUAUUGUUGAGAAAAUCAACGGUAUUGUCUACAAAGACAGUGUCUCAUCGACUGAGCUAUGGGAUGACUUUGCCUCAGACACUAAGGGCUCAACCUCAGAUGAUGCAAAUCUGUGGAGUCUAACAGAGUUUGGAAAUGUAGUAGAGCAAAGUCCAGAUACUGAUUUGGAUAAAGAGGUACAACUGAGGGGGAGCAGACAGAGGGAAGAGGGAGAUGAACAUGCCGAACUCCUCGUAAAGAAAGACAUAAAGUCAUGUCGUUCUUGUUCCAGUGAGUCAUCUCUCUGGGCCACUGCUGCUAUGGGACACACAUGUGAUUGGAAAGCGGAUGCAGCUGAUUCUACUCAAGCUGAAAGUCACUGUCGACAUUUGUCAGAUCCAGUAUUCCGUGAAGAUGUAUGGCAUUCACAGGAUGUCCAAAACAGUGAGAUAUUUGAAAGAACUGAUGCCAUCAUUGAAAGCUGCAAACCACAGGUUUAUAUACAGAGUAACAAUAAUAAGGAAAGUAAGGAUCCACUUAUGAAAAUGUUCGACCCUUUGUGCACUUAUGACUCUCAUACCCUUAGCUCAGAGAGAAAUGAUGCAACAGCGCCAGUCCCAAAGCAGGAUGACUUACAUAGUGCUUUGUGUGACAUUGAUCAUGGGGAAGAAGUUGAUCUUAACUGUGCUCCAAAUGCUGAUAAUGGGAGGCAUUUAACAGAAGACAGUUUUUCUGACGACAGAAGUAUGAACUACACAGCACCUGCAGAGUCUCAGUGCCUUGCUGUGGUAGAUGAUUUCUUGCUGAAAGAGCAGCCCAUAUAUGAGAAGGAGGUGCCCCCAUCAGGGGGGGGAGAAAUGAACUUGGUGCCCUCAGGCACUGUGUCACUCACACAAGCAGUGCAGCCCAUUGAGAUGCUGAGCAGAUGUACUCAAAUGAAAGAAACACUGGAAACAUGCAAGACUGCUGAAAGCUGGAACACUGUAGCACUCCAAGAAAAUGCCCAGAAAUUUUCCUUGGAAGAAAGUGAUCCAAGUCCAGACAGCUCCCCCUUGUGGAAUCCAUUUGUUCAAAUAACUGAGCCGGUAGAGGUCUAUGAUAAUUGGAUGUCUAGCGUUACCACUGAAUUAAGGAAUCCAGAAAACCUGAGUGACAGUCCAUUUAUCCCGGUGGAAAAAGAUAAGAGGGAGCCACCUUUCAUUGAAAGUUCUAAGGAGACUGAAAAGAAAAUUGUUCUCGCACCGGACACCUCAGAAGAGGACAGUCGUCUCAGUAAGGAGGGAUCUCCUGAGUCAGAUUUUUGGACUUCUUUGGUUCAGAAAGGCCCUCGAAAAUCUGGUGCUAACUUUAAUCCACAGUCACUUGACAUGUGGAACACGACUAUUUGCAGUGGUUCACAAUCAACUGUCACAACCCCGGACACAAUUGAUAUUUCUGAAGCUUCUGACUUGUGCACCAGCCUUCACCAGGGUGAGUCCAUGGACAGUCCCCUUCAGGCUGUCCACAAGAGCAUGGACAUGUGGAACACUACUAUACAGGAAGACACCCAGUCCACAGUGACCAGUCCCGAAGAAAAAGGUGACAGCUUGGAUGUAGGACUGUGUGAAACACCUCUGGAAAAUGACAUAUCAGAAGAAUAUUUCAAAACAGGAACAGAGGUAAAAAAUCUGGAAAUUUCUAACAAGGACACUGACAGUGACUCACAGAGUGUCUCAGCUGGACAUAGCAGUCCAAGCAGCUGCAGUGAAACCAACACAAGAGUCAGUGACCUUGGAGCUUUAACAGAAAUUAAAACGUUCAAUUCCGAAUCUGAUUCUGAGAUUUUGUCAACUGAGAUUUCAUUAAGUGAGACACAUGACCCAGAAAGCUCAAAAAAAUGUAAGAAAGCUGAUGAACUAUUAGCUGAAAACUUUAUACCGUGUGUUGAUGAUUCUCCUAGUAAUAUUUUAAAUGAGGUAAUGUUAGACACUGGAAUCCAUUUAGAACCAACGACUGAUAAAAGUGACUUGCUUAGAACAGAAGUGCAGUUUUCUGCAGUGGAAAAUGCACACGACUACAGUAAAUCCUUGCUCUGCACCAGAAUGUCUCCUUCAGAAUCUGGAAAUGAAGCUGAAUGUGAGUUGAUGCAGAAAUACAAUCCUUACCCAGAACAGCGAUUUCCGUCAAAUGAGAACCUUCAGACUCUCUCCAUCUCAGAACAAAUGGUAAAGUCCGUGUCUGAAUAUGACAAUGUAAACCCUGAAUCUCUAUGGGAUGAGCCCUCACCUGAUUUUAUGGUGUAUCAGGAAAACACGGUAAUUUCCCCACAAAUUCAAGAUUCACCAGCAUUUGCAGAAAAAUGCAGCCGUACUGUCGCAGAAAGUUUUGUGGUAGCUCCAGAGACAGAUUUUUACAUCAUGUCUCAAGAAACCAAGAGAUCUGGGCCAGUGGGUAGCAGGGAGACAGCUCAUGAGACUUGGCAUGUGGAGCAGGGCAGAGAACCCAACCACUCCAAUUUGGACAUGGUCAAUCUCAGAGUAGGGGGCUCUGAUUCUCCUAAGUCUGAUGCUGACUCUUAUCUUAAAAUUCCUGGUGAUUUUGAAACAAAACAACACAUGACAAAUGACCUAAGUCAACAGAAAGAGGACAGUUUAAAUGAUGCAAAGACGUUCCCAUCUAAUCUUAUUUUGCCUCAGUCUGAGAGUCCGGAAGGGGAAAUAACCAUAAUCCAGGAGUCAAGCAAUCAUAUGAGAAAGGAAUCUUUGACAUUUUUGGUGCAAGAAUUUGAUGAAGAAGGUCACUUGACAAAACAGAUCAGCAGCCCUGAAUCUGACAAAAACAUUUCAGAAGGCAGCUGGGUGGAGAGUGAAUAUGAAAAUGAGGUUGACUCCACAGAGGACACAAGCCAGUACUCCCCUUUUGUGCUUCUACAUGGAUCGCCUCACCGAGAGGGAGGCAUGUUUCCGUUGGGCCAGGAUGAUAGCACUUCAGCAACUGUCUCGAGUGGUGUCCCAUUUCACCAGAGAAAUACUGAGGGCAACGAUGGUGAGAGAUCAUAUCUUUGCUCCCCUAAGGAGGACAAUAUAUCCUUUAAUGGUGAUGAAUUCUUGCCUGUUGAGAAGUUAGAGAAUUUAGAGUCACCAGGGUACACAUAUUCAUCUGCUCAAGAAACUACAGAAGUUACUGUGGACAGUUCUUCACAAGUGGAAGGACAGCCGAAAAUGUUGUGUGACAAUGCUGAGGACACUCCAGUUGUCCUGGCAGCAACAAGUUUACCGUUGUUGCAAACAGACUCUUCCAAUAGAAAGCAAGUUUCUCCUGAUGUACUUCAGCUUGAAAGCCACGAAGAUUUGAAAUCCAGCUCAGAUGGGGACUCAUCUGGCCUGGAGAUGGAAUACAUUAUUGUAUCAGGCAAGGGGACAGUCCAAGACGGUGGUGAAAAGGACAGGGAGGUUUGCUUGGCUCCCGGAGGAGUUACCUCUGUUCUAAAUCUGUUUGAUUCACCAGAGUCUUGCCCCUCGAGUCCUUAUCAAAUGAAAGUUGGCCCAAGUAGCUGUUACCAAAUGGACACACAAGCAAGAAACUCUUUGCUAACAAGUCCAGACUUGAAUAAUGAUAACCAAACAAAUGAAGAAUUAAACGGUGUCAGCCCAGCAAAUGCAGACCUGACCAGCCCAGAGGACUACAGUUCCCAAGUCAAAGACACAUACAGUCGCUUUAGUGCCAAAGAAGAUGUAUAUGUGAGGUCACAAAUUUCCCUGGAGGACUCUGAUGAUGGGGAGCCAGCUGCUUCAGAAACCCAGGAGUGGACACUUCUGGAAACACAGAAGACUGUCACUCCUAGACAGAGUUUGGAAGUGACCAGCAGUCCUGAAACUGACUUGAAGCAGUCCAUCAGGGAAGGAGGUUUGCAGUUAGCAAGUAAUGCCAGAGAAGAAGCGUGUAUGGAUCAUGAGGGAGAAAGGGAUUGUAUGAUCUCCAGCCAUAACCAGCCCAAUCAACUAGUGAAGACAGUUUCUAUGGACACAUUUGUUGUGCCAGCAGAUCUGCAUUGUUCUGACGUACACAACGAAAGGAAAAUGGAACAGCCAUUUGAGGACUGGCCUUCUAAAGAUGUUGGGGAAGACAAUCAUCAGUUAACAAGAGAUGAGUUCCUGAACACUCCUGAACACUUACUGACAGAACAACCUCUAAGACAAGAACAGGAAUACCCAGCUGAAGAAAAUAAAGCUGUGCUGAGCUACGCUAUAGGAUGCCUGUCACCUGAUGCCUAUAGUGAGGAGUUUGCCCCCACUGGAGAGAAGCCUGAGGGGACUGAUGCCAGACUGUCCACUCCAGGAACAGAAAUGAAAGACACUGUCCACCAUACAGCUGUGAGGUCCCCACUGGAGGAUGUGGCUAUGGACCUCCAAUACGAAGAGGACACGAGUCCCAAUGGGACGGAAAACAGACCAGCACCACCCUCCUCACUGGACCUGCAUGGGGCGCACCCUCAGCGCAAAAAGCUGGCUGCCCCAGAGAUCAACCUGUCACUGGAUCAGAGUGAGGGCUCCAUCCUUUCAGAUGAUGCUCUGGACACACCCGAUGACCUUGACAUAAACGUGGAUGACCUGGACACACCUGAUGAGGCAGACUCUCUGGAGUACACUGGCCAUGGAAAUGAGUUAGAGUGGGAAGCUGAAGCAUCCAGACAGGACGGCGCUGGAGAGUCUAUUGAAGCAAUUCCAGAAUACACGACGGAGGAAGAGCGCCAGGACACUAAACUCUGGAGAACUGUCAUCAUUGGAGAGCAGGAGCACCGCAUCGACAUGAAGUGCAUCGAGCCAUACCAAAAAGUCAUCUCCCACGGAGGUUAUUAUGGAGACCUCAACGCCAUCAUUGUUUUUGCUGCAUGUUUCCUUCCUGAUAGCAACCGGGACAACUACCACUAUGUCAUGGAGAACCUCUUUCUCUAUGUAAUAAGUACUCUGGAGCUGAUGGUGGCAGAAGAUUAUAUGAUCGUGUAUUUGAACGGAGCUACACCUCGCCGGAGAAUGCCUGGACUGGGCUGGCUAAAAAAGUGCUACCAUAUGAUAGACAGAAGGCUCAGGAAGAAUCUGAAAUCCUUCAUUAUAGUACACCCAUCUUGGUUUAUCAGAACCAUCCUAGCUGUCACCAGACCUUUCAUCAGCUCGAAAUUCAGCAGCAAGAUUAAGUAUGUCAAUAGCUUAGCAGAACUGAGUGAACUCAUCCCCAUGGAGUACAUGCACAUUCCAGAGAGCAUAGUCAAGUAUGAAGAAGAGCGGGGUAUUAAACAGUAUGCAUGCAUGAGGCUGGAUGAAAAGCUAAAGGAAGCAGCUGAAAUGGAUAAAAUCAACAGCUUUCUGAAUGGACCAGAGCCUGCAUCUGGCCAGCUGGAGGAAGACAAAACCUUGAGCGCCAGCGGCUCCUAGACAACGUGGAGGUGAACGCAAUCGCACACUUGACGCAACUAUUCCUGGGAACUUGUUGUUGUCUAAAAUUUUGUCAUUAUGUGUCCUGGUAAAAUAGGUGACAAAAACAGUGUAGAUAAAUACACGUAGCUAGAAACUUUUUUUUUUUUUUUUUUUGUGAUCGGGAGCAAUUUCACUUCCAAAGGAAAUCAUUUCCUACAAUAUUAUGACGUUUUAGAUACCAUAAAUGUUUAUUUUAUACCAGCAAUUUAUUUUAAAAAAUGUUUAACUUUUUGUUUUCCUACUGAAAUAAAGCAAAGAUUCAUGUAAUUUCUGGGAUGUUAGGGGCUCAACUGAGCAACAAGAUGCCUUCAGCUGUGACGUUAGUGCCCACAAUCAUAUAGCGUGGUCUUACCAGUACGAACCAUAGGUAUAGGCAGUGCAGUGGUAAUGACUUGGCUUGAUAGCAUCAGGCCAUGAUUAAAAAAAUUCAACACAACUGGAUUCUUGAUUUUUCUUUUGAAGAAAUACCCUACAUUUGGCAACAUUUCCAUAGUUAUAACGUAAAGCUAAUACUUUGAUUAUUCACAUAUCUGCAUGAGCAUCUUUAUAAGGAUAUAGGCUAACUGGCAUUCCACCUUGUCUCCUUUGCAUUUUUACUGUCUCAUUCUGGAGAAUUAUUUUGCUGAAUUGCAUUUAAACACAUUUUGUCCACUUCCCCAUACAUUUUCAUUAAUUUCAUAAUUCCUGUUACUGCUGCUAGUACAAUGGAAUAUGAUGAUCUGGACUAUAUUAUUACUUAUUAUACUUCAGAAUAUCUGGUAUAAGAGGAUGUUAAGAUUCUCUCAUGAAUCAACAGUUAUGUACCAGGAAAUGUACAUUUGUGGCGCUGUUGCACAUAUUUCAGUUUCCUUAAGUGAAACACACUUAAAUGGCAUUGUUAUUGCCACAAUCCAUGCACUGCACACUAAAAACAAUCACUCAUGCUACGUGUUUCACGUGCUUCAUAUGUGUGAAAUGUAGCGAUCGGAAACUUUUACCUGUGGAAAGCAAAUCUGUUUGCAAAAGGGGGCAAUAUCUGGAUGAAACGGAAUGACAGUAUGAAUGCCUGAUGUACAGUAUAUCUGUCAACAAAAGAAGUUACUUUAACCAUAGAAAAACACAGCAGUGAGUAUAGUAAUAUAGACAAACUCAAAAAAUGUCAUUGAAUUUGAAAGGAAAGAUGUCAGAGUAAUGAAAAUGCAUUAAACACAUUAGAUGUCACAGUAAUUAAAACACAUUGUGUAAAAUCCUUGUUCUUGUUUUAAUUACUUUUCCCAUUCAUAAGCAGUUUGGAAAUCUUUGUCUUCAGUCUACGCAAUAAGUCCUGUUCAGUAUAAUCUGUAAACUAUUAUGAAUGCAUGGGAAGUUUAUUCUUUCAUUAAAAUAUUAAAAGCCAUGACAAAAUUAUUAUUUUUACUUAGCUAAAAUAUUUUAAAAGCUAUAUUUUAUAUUAUGUAUUAUGUAAAAUGAAUGGAAAUAAAUCCAAUCAGGACAUGUGCAUGUUAGCUCAGAGGUACCUGUUGAAGAGGAACUGGAAGUGAUCCCAUGGGCUAACGUACUAUAUUCAAAUCCUGUGUGUCAUGUCAACAUAUUUCUUCCUGGUUUGCCCAGUAUUGGUACUUUUAGGAGUAAAAUGAGAUGUACUCGGAUAAUGAAGAGGCACCGCAAAUCUUACCCAGAGCACCUCUCAGAGAUGUGUGGAUGUGUCAUGUGAAAUAUGCAAAACUUUGAAUAAAUGUCUUACACCGA